CACAGUCGCAGCUGUGGAACAUAACAUAACAUAAAAUCCCAACCAGCUUCAGCUUUACAACUCCAAAUUCCCUCUUCAAUUCAAUUCAAUUAUGGCCCUCGAAACUCUCCUAGUGAAGGUCAAGAACGCCGUCUCCAACCGCUUCGACGCCGUUCGGACCUCCUCCACCGCCGCCGCCGCCAACAUCAAACCGACGUCGUCGUCGUCUAAGAAGAAAUCGGCAAACGUCGGCGUUUUGGCGUUCGAGAUCGCCGGCCUGAUGUCCAAGCUUCUCCAUCUGUGGCAGUCUCUCUCCGACGCCAACAUUGUUCGCCUCCGCAACGAAUCCGUGUCUCUCGAGGGAGUCCACAAGAUCGUCUCUAACGACGACGCUUUCCUCCUCGGCCUCGCCUGCGCCGAAAUCACCCAAAAUCUCCGACUCCUCGCCAACUCCGUCUCCCGUUUCACCUCCAAGUGCGACGACGCCACUCUCCGCUCCUUUGAUCGCUUCUUCCACGACUUUGCCGAUUCCGGCCGCGAUCUUCAUAAUUGGACAUUGAGCGAGAAAGAAAUGGAGUGCAGGAACAAGAGGGUGGAGAGAUUAGUCACAGUCACAGCGACUCUCCACAGAGAAAUGGACGAGCUUACAAUAAUGGAAACUGGUUUAAGAAAAGCAGUGGCAAAUUUGCAGUCAUGUCAACAAGAGAUUAGCAAUAAUCCCUCAUUGGAGACCUCACUCAAGGAACAAAAAAUCCUCGAUCUCCAGCACAAGAUUUUGUGGCAAAGGCAAGAAGUUAAAUAUCUCAAAGAAAAAUCCCUAUGGAACAGAACUUUCGACACGGCUGUUUCGAUUCUAGCAAGGUCAAUUUUCACCACUCUAGCAAGAAUCAAACUUGUCUUUGGUUUGGCCCAAUUCCCAUCUUCCCUCCCCCGCUGCCUCUCCGCCUCUGCCGCCGUCCACCCGCUCAAGAACCUGACCGAAACCGGGAAGGAUUUUUUGGUGACCAAAAACGCAUUCUUCGAGUCCAAUUCUAAGCUCCUGAAGCCGCCCCCGUCCACUCUGGGAGCGGCGGGGUUGGCCCUGCAUUAUGCCAACCUGAUCAUAGUCAUGGAUAAGAUGAUUAAAUCACCGCAACUGGUGGGCGUGGACGCUAGAGAUGAUCUUUACUCGAUGCUGCCGAACAGUGUGCGGUCGGCGUUGAGGGGGCGGUUGAGAGGGGUGGGGUUCACGGCGAGCGAUCCGUCGCUGGCCGGAGAGUGGAGGGAGGCGUUGGGGAGGAUAUUGGGGUGGCUGUCGCCGUUGGCACAGAACAUGAUGAAAUGGCAAAGUGAGAGAAGCUUUGAGCAGCAAAAUUACAAUAUGGCGCCAAAGACUAAUGUGAUGCUUUUGCAGACGCUUUAUUUUGCCAACAAAGACAAGACAGAAGCUGCCAUUACAGAAUUGCUUGUGGGUUUGAAUUAUAUUUGGAGGUUCGAAAGAGAGAUGACUGCUAAGGCUUUAUUUGCUUGCAACAACUUCAUUAGCAGCUGAAGAUUUGGGGAAAAACUUAGAUUUUUUUUACUUCUAAUUUUUGCUUGGAAAAUUCUCAUCAUUGGAAGUGGACAAUGAUCUUGCCUCUUCAGAUCCAUGAGCGUUUGUUCUGGCUCUUUAACUCUGCAGAUGUAUAUUGUAUAUUUUAUCAUACGAAGUAUGUAAAUGACAUGAUGAUUUAAUAUGAGAAAUCUAAAGGAUGAAGAGGAAAAUGAUGGGUUUUUCCAUUAUUAUAUUA